AUGGACAGGCCUGCAUCUGAUUACGCGCAGUCAGCUGCAGACCAGGCUUCUGCUGCUGCCGCGCAAUACACCCCACAACAAUCUGAGGUCCGUCCUUCGACGCAGUAUACACCGCAACAAACCGAGGUUCGAUCCGCCAAUAUUUCGUCCUCCAACACUCCGCAGUCGGACUACAACCUGAACCAGGCCAACCCCGCCGCCGCACGUCCCGCAACCUAUCCUGAUUACCUUGCCCGUCAGCCUCAAUAUCAUCACGCGCCCAAUACUCAAGCCGGUGGUGCGCCAGCUAUGGCUCAAGCAACAAGUUCGUCUACCACCCUGAACGAUGGGAAACAAGAUGACCAUCGCAAUCAGUCGAACUUAAAGUCUGACGCGGACGUGCCUAUAGAUCCCUCGAUCGCGGCCUCCAGCCCUACCUAUCCUCCUCCAUAUUCUCCUUAUCAACCCCAGGGCCAUGACAUGACCCAGUACCAGGGCCAUCCGCCUCCCCAGAUGUACGCGCGUCCAGAAUGGUCGCAUGGUUAUCCUCACCAGCAGCAUGGCUUGCCUGGCCCAUAUAGCUCCCCUGCCACAACGGUUGGUUCUGCCUCCCCUGCUGCGACCGCAGGGCCGCGCCCUGGCCAGGUCUACUCGUUCGUCCCGAUUCCUGGUGCCCAGCAGCACAAGCGGCCUCGACGACGUUAUGAAGAGAUUGAGCGCAUGUACAAGUGUGGUUGGAAUGGCUGUGAAAAGGCCUAUGGCACGCUGAACCAUUUGAAUGCACAUGUGACAAUGCAAUCUCACGGUGCCAAACGUACUCCAGAAGAAUUCAAGGAGAUUCGCAAGGAGUGGAAGGCUCGUAAGAAGGAGGAGGAGGCACAGCGCAAGGCUGCGGAGGAGCGAGAGCGUGCUGCCGCUGCCCAGGCUCAGGCUCAGGCCCAAGCCCAGGCCCAGGCCCAGGCCCAGGCUCAAGCUGGUCAGGUGGAGGGGGCCGCUCCCGCCGAUCCAUCUCAGGCCGGUCAACCUCCUUCAUACCCUGCCGGCGUUCGUCCUCAGCUGCCUCCGAUCGGCUAUCAGCCGGCUGAUGGUCAGGUCCCUGGCCAGUAUGCCGCUGGCGGGGCCGGUGGUAUGGUCUAUCCUCAGGGCAAUGGACAGAUGUACCCCGGCAACUACCCGCACUCCCCCUACGGCCAGAGCAACCAGGUGUACCAGCAACCCCCAGACAACCAAUCUAGUGCCAACUACCAGUAG